UGCUGGCUCCGUGUUUCCGGGUGGGAAGGUUUUACAGAGCGGACUCCCUGCAGAAGGAAAGCGUUGCCAUGGCUGCGGGAGGCGAGCUGCAGGGCUGAUGGUACUCCUGGCAGCCCUGGGGCGGUCAGUGGCCUGGGGGCAGGAGGAAGGUGCAAUGACCUGCUGUUUCACACAAACAAGGGAGAUCUGUCAAAUGAUCCAGUUCUUUUUUCAUCCCCUCAGGAUGCUAUGAAGAUGAGUGACUGUAAGAGAUUCAUGGAAAUGUUCGUUUAACAGGAUCACUGUCUAAAACAAGUUAAUCUGUAUGUGAUGAGCUAAAACAGAUAUUCCUUAGUACUUUGUCCCCUGCUGGAAGUACUCAUUAUUAGCCUCUAAAAGAACGUUUUGCCUUUCUGGCAUUGAAUCCAUAUAGUGCCAUCUCCGAGUCUACCUUCAACAGCGCAAUGAGCGGUGGACGUCUCCCGUUAGCUGAGAAGGCUUUGUCUGAAGGAUAUGCCAGAUUGAGGUACAGAGACACUUCGCUUCUCAUCUGGCAACAGCAACAACAGAAGUUGGAGAGCGCCCCUCCUGGUACAUAUCUGAACCGCAGCCAGAGCAUGUGGUACUCGCAGUACGGGAACCAGUCCAUAUUAGUCCGGGACAAAAACACACUCAGUAUUUCAAGAGACACCGGCCAGUCUAAGUUUUGCACAGUAAUGUGAUUUUUAGUGUUCUAUUCAACAGUUACGCACAUAUAGCUGUUUCAGCAGUGUAGUAUGCCAAAUUGUAUUGUAUGUUCUGUAAAUCUCCUAUGAGCUGCAUGUUAGGAUAUGAUUUUCCACAGUAUUUUAUAAGGUUGUGACGUUUUAUGAGUGCACCAUACAUUUUUUUGCAGUUGGUCUAUAUACCAUGACACACUUAAAGGGAAAAGGUUUGAGGAUCUUAAUUUAUAUUAUUUUAUAGAUUGCUUAAAUUAUUAUUCACCAUUUAAACAUUUUUUUUUUUUUUAAAAAUUAAAAAGACUCUGCGUAGAUCUGAUCCAUCAUUAUUUAUGCCUCUGUUUGCAUUGAAAAUACACCUGAAGGUUUCAGUGCACAUAAACAAAUAUUGGGAUACUUUGACAGAGUUGUGGUUGCGCCAUUAUAGGUACAAUAUAAGACACAAUCUAGGCAUCACCACCUCUGUAGUUAUAAUGGUGCUAUUAGGCUGUGGGUGCCAUCCCGCAGUUAAAUAUAUGCAUCUGGAUUGGGAGCGUUCAAUGUAUCCAUGCAAAACGUGGAGAAUCUAGACGUCAGUAUGCAAUCUUUGCAGGACCAAACCCAGGAUGCCACACUAGUGGCUGUCUAACAUUCACUAGAGGUGGUGUUAUAGAGCAGUGUACAAUCUGCACUCCUUCCCCCUCUCCCUUAUUUUUAUCAGCAGAGGCCACAUGUAACAUUAAGCUGUAGUGUUCCUGAUGACUAGUGUCUCUCUUUAAAGAGCUG